AUGACUUAACGUCACAUCAACGUUGAACAUUUGGAAAUGAGUUGAACCACGGACUUAGAUAAUUCCGUGGUUGAACUGAGUGUUGAUUGAAAGUCAACUUUUGUUGACUGUACGAACUGAAAAGGCACUUCAUGGUAAGACUGAAAUAAUUGUGAAUCAAAGAAAGUUUAAAGACAGUUACUAUGGAAGUUAAGGAAGUAAACGGGCAGCUACCAGAUGGGAAAUUGAAUGGCUGUGAUUCUGGGACAGAUUCAUCCACAUUUGACAUCACAAGUACAGACUCUGAUCCAUCCACGGCUACUGUCACCAGUGUAACAUCACAGACUGACAGUCAGUCACAGCUGGAGUACUUAGAAACUAAUUGUCAAGUGAAUGGACAUACCAAAAUAAAAGAAAUGGACCAAGAUUCUCUUUCAUUGGAUUUAUCAAAGAGUGAUUCUCAAGAUUUAGACCUCAGUAUAUCAAGUUCAGAUAAAGAAAAUAUUAAAGAUGAGACUUUGACAAACACUAAACCUCAAUCAUGCCUUCCAAAACUUGACAAACCUGAUUGGUACUUAAAUCCAUGUUUCCAAAACUACUGGCAGCAUUACUAUCACUGUAUGGCUUGGUUCCAUAGACACAACAGUGUCACAAAAAACCUGACCCAACCACAGAGCACAGGGGGUUUUCCCCCAGGAGGCCCGCCCGCUAUGGCAAGGUUGCCUUGGGCAGGGGUCGCAUCCUCCUAUAAAUGGCCAAAUUCUGGCUGCCCUCCUAGGGAAAAUCCAUACCACAUGGGGGCUAGACAUAGGGGUAAGAAUAGACGAAAAGGUAACGGGAGAGGGCGGGGCCACAGGGGUGCCCAACACCACAGCCAUGUAAGGAACACCUGUAAUGGACAAGUUCUAACAGAGGAAAAAAGUUUGACAAGUCAGGAGAAUCAACAGGGAUCAGACAGUGACAGCGAAGUUUUUGAAAUGGAAAUUACAGAUGACAUGGUGGAAUUCUUCACAAAAUCUGAACAACACAAAAAGGAAAGAGAUGCCAAGAAGACUGAGGAAACAAAAGAAGACAGCAGACUUGAUUUGGAAGGAGCUAAUGCUACAAAGAAAGCUCCUACCACAGCAGCUCCACUAGAGCGACCAGGUGUCCGACGGACCCAGGAAAUGGUCCUAUUGUAUGGAAAGGGUGCAGCCAUGGUCCAUGGUAUGGAGACAGCCAUGCAGAUGUCUUACGAUCGUAACAUGGACAUACUACAACCAAAGUAUUGGCCGAACAUGCCUCUAAAGAUCUCUUUUAGUUAAUCAAUAAACUUCUAGUAUUAUCA